UUUAAAUCUGUGCGUGAUUCAACUUACUGCAAAUGAGCGCAAGUCUCAGCUUGUGUGAGGUUCAUCAACAUCAUCAGCAGCAGCAGCAGCAGAGGAGGAGGAAGAAGGAGACCUUUUAAGGAGCAGAAGCUGCGGACUAAGUUGGAUUAUUGUCGCUCGCAGGAGAGUGUGAUUUCCUCCUUUUAUCUCGUGUAUUAAGUUUUAUUUCACCUCGGGCAGUCAUGACUUCGGUGUGGAAAAGACUGCAGCGGGUCGGGAAGAAGGCUUCAAAGUUUCAGUUUGUCGCGUCUUACCAGGAACUCGCACUGGAGUGCACCAAGAAAUGGCAACCAGACAAACUGAGGGUGGUGUGGACCAGGAGGAACAGACGCAUGUGUUCCAAGCUCCACAGUUGGCAGCCUGGAAUCAAGAACCCCUACAGGGGCAUGGUGGUGUGGCCGGUCCCAGAGAACAUCGACAUCUCUGUUACACUAUUCAAGGAGGCCAACGCUGACGAGUUUGAGGACAAAGAGUGGACCUUUGUCCUUGAGGGUGAGAACAAGGGGCAUCGUAAGGUGCUGGCAUCAGCUGACAUCAACCUGAAGAAGUUCGCCAGUCCCAUGCCGACCCAGACUGACCUGACGCUGAAGCUGAAGCCACUGUCUGUGAAAGUGGUGGAGGCCACGCUCAAGCUCUCACUGUCGUGUGUCUUUGUUCGUGAGGGAAAAGCCACUGAUGAAGACAUGCAGAGUCUGGCGAGCCUGAUGAGCGUCAAACCCUCAGACAUCGGCAACCUGGACGAUUUCAAUGAGAGCGAUGAAGAUGAGGACAAGAAGUCUGUCACUGCUACAGGCUCAACAUUCGCUUUUGCUCAGACAGACAAGGAAACAUCUCCAAGCCCUCUGAGCCGAGGUCAAGAAGUGGCCAACAUCACAGUUUCCAACCAGACCAACAGACCGGGCCAGGACUCAAAGGCGGCCAUCACAGACAACAAGGCUGAGCCAGGACGGAUCAGCUCACACACAGAAGAUGCUGCUAAGGUGGACACCCCUGUCAGGCAGGAGCACGAGCCAAUCACAGCCAAGGACCCAGAGACACAUCACAUAGUGCCACCACCUCCUGCUCAACCCGCUGCACCAUCAGUUAAAGAGGAACCCAAAGAGCCAGAGGGACCCAGUGUGGAACCAGCAACCUCACUCGAAGUUUCCCCCAAACCGGUCGGGGAGCGCACGGCUUUGGCGCUGGAGCCGCUGCUGCCCUCAAAACCAGAACCGGGACUGCGGCCGGAACCAGUUCUCCAGCCAUCAGGAAAGCCACAGGAGGAGGGAGCAGAUGAGGAGAAACCAGCAGACAGCGUGGCUCGUGGUGAGGAGAGUUUCAUCAACAACGAGGAGCCAGUGUGCGAGGCAGAAAAGCAGCUGUGGGCAGCCGUGGAGGAGACCACAGCGGAGACGGGAGCAGAGAGAGGGAUGGAAAGUAGUGAGAGCACUGACGAGAAGGAAGAGAAGGAGCAGGAGGAGGAGGGUGUAAUAGGGGGGCUAAAACACCCACCGGCCGACCUCCCCGACGGUCCAGAGAAGAAACACACAGACAUACACAUCACUCCUCCCCAUCACUGUGAGUUGAAGACAUCUUGGCUUCCUACGUUACCAGAGGAAGAAACCAGUGACGUUACGACGCCUGAUCCAGUUCCAACAGUCAGAGAGGAGGCUGAUGGGAAGGACGACACAGCGGAGGGCCUGGUGAACUCCAGUCAGUCGCUGCUCCAGUGGUGCCAGGACAUCACCAGCGGGCACCAGGGGGUGAAGGUCACAAACUUCAGCACGUCCUGGAGAAACGGCCUGGCCUUCUGUGCCAUCCUGCAUCACUUCCAUCCAGACAAAAUAGAUUUUGACCAGUUAGACCCUCAUGACAUCAAGCUCAACAACAAAAGGGCGUUUGACGGUUUCGAGGCGCUGGGCAUCUCUCGUCUCUUGGAGCCGUCCGACAUGGUUCUCCUGUCCGUCCCCGACAGGCUCAUAGUCAUGACCUACCUCAGCCAGAUCCGCUCGCACUUCACCAACCAGGAGCUGAGCGUGCUGCAGAUAGAGCACAACAGCAGCCAGUCCAGCUACGGCCUCGCCCUCUCCGGUCCUGCUCCCACGAACGUCGAUGCCGCCGCCUUCUGCAUGGCCAGACUGAACGAAGGAGUGAGUCUGGAGGAAGGAGGAAGCAGCACGUUGGUCGUCCCGCCACCGAGGACCAAACGAGUGGUUAAAGUCGACGAGUCGAUAACCCCGGUCCCACCCCCACGGUCCAUUGCCAAGACGGUCAUAUCUGGACUAACUCAGGAUGAAGACACAGUGACGGAAAACACUAAUAAAUCAGAGUUGCAGACUGCAGAUGAGACACAGCCUCCCAAGCAAGAAGCAGAAACAAUGUGUCUGCAGGACACCAGUCAGUAUGUGCUGAGUGAGCUGGCAGCGUUGGAGACAGAGCAGAAGCACAUCGACAGCAGAGCCGCCGUGGUGGAGCGACGACUGCGAAGCCUCAUGGAAACAGGAAGUGACCGUGAUGAGGAGGAGAGACUGAUCCAGGAGUGGUUCACUCUUGUGAACAAGAAGAACGCUCUGAUACGCAGACAGGACAACCUGGAGCUACUGCAAGAGGAGCAGGAUCUGGAGCGCAGGUUUGAGCUUCUGACCAGAGAGCUACGGGUCAUGAUGGCUAUCGAAGACUGGCAGAAGUCGUCCACUCAUCAGCAGAGGGAGCAGCUUCUCCUCCAAGAGCUGGUGUCUUUGGUCAACCAACGGGACGAGAUUAUCAGAGACAUCGACGCCAAGGAGAGAGGGGCUCUGGAGGAGGACGAGCGACUGGAGCGCGGUCUAGAGAUGAGGAGGAGAAAAUACAGCAACAAAGACAAAUGUGUCCUUCAGUGAGAAGAGAGGAGGAGCACAAACAGCUUUUUACUGCUGAACCCCUGAAGUCACAAAAGAUGAUACUUUUGUAGGUUGUUCAUAAUUUGUGUGCGCAGGAUGAAAACAAAUCUUUCAGGACUUGUGGGGGCUCUGUAUUUUCCUGUUUGUUUUCUAAGUUAAGUGCCUUCAUUUUCCCAGAGAACUGCCAGAUUGAGGCUGCAAACUGUCUUCUUCUUCUCUGUAAAAAUGCUUGUCUGUUCAUGUCAAAGUUGAAUUAUUUUCAGUCUGUCUUAACAUAAUAGUAUUAUUUUGAUUCAGUUCACCUAUUUUUAUUUAUUUAAAUGAUGCGUCAGAAAGUUGGACUUCUAUUGCACAUGUGGUGUUUUGUGUGUUUGUGUGCGUAUUCUUCUGUUCAUUCAGUAUUUGAACACUGGGUUUUCCUGUUUUGUUUCUUUGUUUGUUCUUCAAAAUUAAAGCAGAAUGUGCCAUAUCCUCGUAACUUUUAUGGCAAAUAAUUUAUAGUUGCUUAUGAUAUGCACACAUAAAAAAAGAAACUGCUCUGUUUCUGGUGAUGUUUGUUUUACAUUUCUGUGUCAGACAUUUCCACCCUGAAAAAUAUCUGUUAACAUGUCCAAACAUUUCAGAUGACAUUGCACAUGAGAAGUCAUGAGCUGGACUCAAACCCACAGUGUUGUUUGUACAGGGUACACGUUUUCAAGUGCAGGAUGACUCCAAUGUCACAUUUUGAUAAAGCCUGAAAGCAUUUCCAUGUAUUGCAAUAUCAUACUUUUUUUCUUUAUUAGAUGUUGGAGGUUGAAAGCGUUUUAUUAAGGAGGCUCAUGGUGGUUUGUAACUUAAAGUAUUUAUUUUAAGUGCCUUAAAUCAAUCAUAAUGUAUAUAUGGUUGUGAUGCCUGCUUUAUGCACAGAAAUGAACCUGUUUCCUCAUUUCUGUGUUGUUUGACUACUGUAUGCAUGCUUUUUGAGGUGUGCUGAUUAAGUGGUACUCUGCUUCAUAUCAUCACUGUAUGCCUAUCACACUGUAUACCUAAGGUUGCUGUCUUUAUUUAUGUUGAGAAUGAUGUUGAUAAUUAUAGUAAAUAUUGGUUUGUUGUUUACAUUUGCUAUGUUUGAAUUCUGUGUAUUAUUGAUAAGGUGUACCAUAGUGCUCUGAACACAAAUAUAUUUAAUGCAAUGUCUCAUCACACCCUUUGUGGAGCUGAUACAUUAAUAUAUUUGUAUAAUGAAGUGUCAUGAACUCCUCAGCUCUGUAGUGAGUUUUGAAGUGUAAGAUAAUUAAAACAUCAAAUUACUUAAGUUAAAUACACAAAAUACAAUUUUUAUUUUA